AUGAGCAUCAACAUGGACCUUCUCGGUCUCGACGGUCUCGAGGGGUUGUACGAAGCAGACACGCCAUCGCAAUCUCUUAACGCGUCGGCAGCCGGACGCGACCCCAUCGCGACGGGUCUCCCGCGCCUAGACGAUGUCUUAGCGGUGUCGCUCGAUCCGCAAGAGCAAGGCGGUAUUCUGCGAGGACAUGUUACAGAAUUAUUCGGGCCUCCAGGGGCUGGAAAGACCUCACUGGCCCUGAACAUUGCCUGCAAUGCACUGCGCGAAGGCAAAGUGGUCUGGAUUGAUACGGGAUGUGCCCUGCCUAGUCCUCGGCUCGAGGAAAUGUCCGUCAAUCUCGAUGACUUUAUUCAUUUUCAAGCGCAUACCUUGGCGCAUCUUAUAGCUCUUUUGACUCGACCACCUAGAGGGUUUCCUCCACCAGAAACUAAUUUAAUUGUUAUCGACUCCGUGUCGGAUUUAUUCACGUCUCACUUCCCCACUGCGACGGAGCUGAAAGGCGAGCUCGCAGAGGGGAAACUGGCCGACAAAGCUCAUUUGCAUUGGCUUCUAAGCCGCAGAGCAAAUGUAGCCAAUGAGCUGGCUACACAUCUAACCCGACUCGCUGCGAAAAAUAUCGCUGUCCUAGCUGUUAACCAGUGCCAGACCAAGAUUAAAGAGGAAGAAGAGGCGGCUUUGCUGCCGGCCCUGGCGGGCGGAGCGUGGGAGAAUACUAUUCAUACGCGCAUUGCGGUGUAUAGGGCUCUACCGAAUGCGAGGUUCGCGGAAGUCGAGAAGCUUGCGGGCAAGCCGUUGCCUGAAUCGCAUGAUGAGUUUGUGGUUCCGUUCCAGAUUUAUUCGGAUGGGAUUCGAGAGGCAGAGAUCCAAUCGGAGUUUUCUGAUCCUAUCACUCCUCCGCCCAAGUCUCCUGAAUUCGAGUACUAUGAUCCCCCAACACCGACCCCUUCGCCUUUGUCUUCGGCGCUGUCUUCUCCGCCGCCCUCUCCACAGCUCGAGUCUCCCAAGAGUAAUGUCCCGAGGAGUGAAUCUCCCGCAAAAGAUUCAUCCGAACACCUGUCGCUCCUCGAAACGUCCCCCGAGUUACCUCCAAAGCCUGCAUCGUUGGAGCAGCCUACGCACACGCCAAGCAAGAAACGCAAGGUCGACGAGGUAGCCGACAGCCAGGACGAAGACUCAGAAGAAGAAUCCCCAUGGACAGACGAAGCAACUCUCAGCACGAACCACCCAUGA